UUUAAUAGAACUAUACAUGAUAAAAUCAUUUGAAGCGGCAGCUUCCCUUCCUAUAGGGUCUGUUACCUGCACUAUCUAGGUGUCAUGUAAUACCCAAUUUCCCCUGCAGGGUUGCUGUAGAGAAGAAGUAAGUAGCUGAUCUCCAUGAUCACAAGUGGUCCAUAUAGUAGAUCUCUCCAAGAUCAGCUGAUCACGAGGAGAAGGUGCCACUACAUCGGGAUUUGUACAGUUAACGUUCCCCGAACAUAUAAUACAAUGUAACAAUCAGUGGAUACAAAGUAUUUACGAGAGGAAGUUCUGGUGUCAGGUAUCACAUACUGUAACAUCUACGGAUUAUUCUGGACUGAUCCCUUGUCAUCGGGCGGCUUUAAAGCGUCCGGUUCUUAUUUUCCACUAUUUGGUUUUCGGGCCAGGAUCUGUAAAAACCACAAAGUAAACAGGAACUCCCCGCCGCGUCCUUAGACACUUCACUGCCCCGCGCCCUGGAGGCUGCACAAUCUAGGAACUGCUGCGUGGAGGAUGCACAGGAUGCCGCGCUGGCUCAUGGUGAUCCUACUUUUGGGGUGUUCAGGAUUAGGCUGUGGCGCCCCUCCGGAAGACGCCAUCACUAAUGCCGUGGACACCUGUAGGCACAAGCUGGACACAAAUUUUGACUUCAAAUUUUUGGAUGUUCCGGUCAAUACUCCACAGGUAACAGAGAGACCAUGUGACCCAGUGUAUUGUAUGCGUCCUAUUUACCCACAUGUAUGGCGCAAUAUUUUGGGGCGAGGGGUUUAAGCGCUGGAAAUGAUCCCGGAUCUAUCACCGCCGGCUGCUCCUAUAUUGUAACGGAUAUGUAACCAAGUGACUUACUGCUAAUCCCCGUAUUACAAAGUAUCAAUAUUGUCCAAGAGAACAAACGGGUCUUAAAGAGACAUUAGUCCCAAAACUAUGACUCAUGACUAAUGUCCAAGAGCAGUGUUUUCCAAACAGUGUGUCUCCAGCAGUUGCAAAACUACAACUUCCAGCAUUCCAUAAAUUGGUUAUAGAUAUAUAGACGACGUCCUUAUAUAGCAAGUUUACAAAAUGCAUUAUCUUAUCCUACUACAGUGUUUCCCAACAGGGCUCCUCCAGCUGUUGCAAAACUACAACUCCCAGCAUACCCGGAUAGCCAAAGAACUUUGGCUGUCUGGGCUUGCUGGUAGUUUUGCAACAGCUGGAGACACAAUGUUUGAAAAGCAAGGGUCUAAGAGGAACAAUUCUAACAGUAAUAACUUUUAUUUCCUUCUCUCACCAUUUAUCUUGCUGCAGAAAAAGGGAACGUUCCUUACGUAUUCUUCAUAUUUUCACCGCCCCAUUCCCCUCCUCCAACGUCUCAUUCCGCAACUUUACAAACCCCCCAAGUAUCAAUUCAUACUGACGACAGCAUGGAAAAAAAUGCUCCCCGAAACAAUUCCAGAAUCGGGGAACAACAAUAACCCGGUGGUCCGGACGUGUUCUGGUGUCUUGACCAGUCAUCAGCCCAUAAACUACAUCUUCUCCUGCCACAAUGUUACCCAGGAGGGGAUAGAACCGGAGAAGGUCGUGGAGGUGUCACCGGUCACAGCCAUCAAAACCAGUGCCAUAGAGGAGGGAUCUGGCUCCGACCAGGACGAGGAGCCCCCAGAGGAGGAUGAUGGCACCUUGGACCUCUCCCGCUGUCUGGGCUGCAUUUUUGGAAUGUUAAACAAACCAUCAUGGUGAAGCAUUAGAAGUCAUGUGAUCCCCCCCGGGACUAAAUAAGACAGAAUUCUGAAUAAUAACUUAACUUAUCAAAUUCGUU